CCAGCCAUACGGUAGUCACUGCUCAUCUGAAGCGAAAGCCAAUCGGUCGUGCUUUUCCCACACGCGCAGCUGCUUAAUUUGGAUCGUAUCUUACUUGUUUGUUUGCGCUAUAAGUCCCCCGCCCACCCGCGAUCGACCGCUCCACCCCCCGACCGUUCGUCGCGAACAAAGAGUGGAAAAUUUCCGUAUCAGCUAAAUAAGAAACGAACCCUUUGGCCGUUUUAUCGGGUCCGUAACGCUACGGCCCUUCGAAUAACCGGAUCUCUUGGUUAUCCCCCACUUGGAUGGGUGUGAGGCGUAGUAUGCCAGUGAACUGUGCCAACAAGGACUGCCUGGGUCUCCGCAAGCGUGUCUGUGGUCUGCACCAAACCUGGAAGUGGCUCCAUCAGACGCCCGCCCUCCACGAAUACCUGAUCUCGGCCAGCUCGGUGGCUGCAAACACAUCCAGAGCCAGCCAGACCACCAGGGUCUAAAGUCCAGAGCGACCAAAGCCAUCCGAAACCAAAACGAAUA